CCGCAGCUCAUUGUGUAGCGUGUGUUGUGCUCGCGCGGAGACGAGUGAUGCUGUAGCUGUGGUGCCGGCAGAGUGAGUGAGUGAGUGCGUCCGUCUGCCAUCUGCCACUUGGACGAGGCGAGUCAGGCCACUGGCUGCCCGUCCGCACGCGAAUUCGGCCGGAAGGGGCUGUUAGCCCCCGAAAUGAGCGACUGAGCGCCCGCUGCCGAACUGAGGUUCAGAUGGAAGACCACGAAAUCCAGGAGACCGUCGAGUCGAUCCUGGGCAAGGGCGCGAAGGUCGUCGACUGCGAGAAGAGGUCGUGCAUCAGAGAGGAAGAGGUGUUGCUGGUCAAUGGCUGCCCCGUCAGUCUGGACGGUGACACCGGAAAUGCGAUCAGGACGGCGCUUUUGCAAGGUGUGACGCCGCCAUGCGACCUGCUGAACGAGCUGCUGGUGCGCGCCGGCAUCCUGAAGGCACCCGUCAAGCUGGAGACCUCGCUCAGCGUCAAGUCCAGCGUGGUCACAAAGGAGAACGUGUCCGUGUCCAAAGAUGGACAUGUCGUCGACGAGCGCUCACGGGAAGUCAAGGAGGACAAUUUCUACUCAAGUACAACAAGCGAAGUAUGGGAGCCGGUUCGGAGAGCACCGGUGCCCCCCGCGAACACACUGGCCGCCGUCCAGGCGCCCAAGGGGGUGCGGGGCGGCGGAGCCACCAGCUCCAACAGUUCAGGGUGCUGGUCGGCGCUCACAGGGGACGACGUCGACUUGACCAACGGCCUCGAGAACUUGUCGUGCGCCUCGACCCCCACUAUUUUCGGCACCGUGGCUUCGGAUCAGACCCCCAAGGAUGGCAGCAGUAGGAGGAGUUUGCCGCAAACCCCACAGUCGGCGAAAAGCUUUUCCACCCUGAUCAAUGGCCCGAUCGGUGACGCGGCCGCUAGCGAGUCGGGUGGUUCUUUGGACUCGGUGCACGACAUCCAACCCUCAGACGAAAACGCCCUGGUCUACAAGGACGGCAACCUGGUGUCCGGCCCGCUGGACGCGCUUUUGCAGCACAUGGUGCCCACGUCCGACUACUUUCCAGACAGAGCCUACCUGUUCGCCUUCCUGCUCAGCGCCAGGCUGUUCAUCAAACCGCAUGAACUGCUCGGGCAAGUCUGCCAGAGGUGUCACAUCCACAAACCAGAAAGUAUUACUGCCCCAGCACAGUUUGUGCGCCACAUAGUGCAGCUGUUGGCCGAGUGGACUGAGACCUUCCCGUACGACUUUCGGGAUGAGCGGGUGAUGGCCCACGUGCGUGAACUGACCCAGCAGUGCGUGGCCCUGGAGCCGACUGUUCGCAGGGAAGUGUCUCAGUUGCUGCAGAACCUUCUGCACAGGCUUACAGCGCUCGAGCAGUACGAGGAAUUCCUGCAGCGCAUCAACUCGGAGACUGCCACUCCUAACAUUGAGUCCCUCAACGUGUCUGAUAUUACGGAGUUGUGUCCAAGUCCUGAAAAGCUGGCUCAGCAGCUGACUCACAUUGAGCUGGAAAGGUUAUCUUUCAUCGGGCCUGAGGAGUUUGUGCAGGCUUUUGCCAAGGAGAACACCAAGCCGGAGACGACCUCGUUCCGGGACCUCAAGAAAACACGGAAUCUCGAGUCCUAUGUGCAGUGGUUCAACAGGCUCAGCUAUUUUGUUGCCACUGAAGUUUGCAAACACGUGAAAAAGAAGGCAAGGGUGCGUGCCGUCGAGUACUGGGUGGAGGUGGCGCGCGAGUGCUUCAACAUUGGCAACUUUAACUCUCUGAUGGGCAUCAUCGCAGGCCUCAACAUGUCACCCGUCUCGCGGCUGAAAAAAACAUGGGCCAAGGUGUCUUCAGGCAAGUUCGCCAUUUUGGAGCACCAGAUGGACCCUUCGUCCAACUUCUCCUCAUAUCGUUCCACACUUAAGGCGGCCAUGUGGCGCUCAGCCGGUGCCACCGACGAGCGCCAGAGAAUCGUCAUUCCCUUCUUUUCGCUGCUGGUCAAAGACUUGUACUUCCUCAACGAAGGCUGUGCCAGCAAACUGCCAAGCGGACACGUGAACUUUGAAAAGUGCUGGCAACUGGCCAAGCAGGUGACGGAAUUCAUCGCCUGGAAGCAGGUGGCAUGCCCGUUUGCCAAAGACGCCAAAGUCACCAACUUCCUCCAAAGCACCACCGUUCUCAGUGACGAGAAAGCUCUUGCCAUCGCGUCAUUUGAAUGUGAACCACCGGAAAACAGUUUUGAAAAGGAGAGGUACAAGAAUCUCAAGUGAAGCGGAAAUUAAUGGCACCACGUCAAGCACCACCUAAACCCCCUAUAUCACCGUCGAUGUGUACUUAAUUAUUAGCCAGAAUAUCAUUUUAGACGUUUGUCUGUUUUCUGCUGAAAUUGAAAAACCAACCCGUUUACCCGCGAGGUGAUAUCACCAUCUGAGAGAUGAGAGAAUCUUCUUCCUGCAAGACUGACGGUCCACGCCACAAUGUGCACAUACAUACUCUUCUUAUUUUUUAAACGCCCAACUUCAUCGAAUUCAUUUUCGGAACCUGCUGUUAGCCCCUAAGUUUCCCGACAUCUUGGGAGUCGAAUCUAGUCAAGAAAACACGGAGAACAAAAGAGCAGUGAAUUCCCUUCCCCUCGAGUUAAUGUCUGACAUUGAUUGAUUGUGCACCAAUUUAAAUGAUAAUUCCUGCAGUGACUAAUGUUGAUUACUUAAUUAGUGUUAUAAUUCUAUCUGUAUAAAUAACGCUCUCAUUUUCUCUCUCUCUAAUGUGUAAUGAAGAGUGCAGAACACAAUUUGGUAUAUUAGAUGCUCUUUUUUCGUAGAAUACGUACCUGAUUUGUUGAGAGAACAAAGAGAGCAGGAGAAGCCGUAGCGCAGCUUUCUCCUCGUUUGCAUGAUCCCUAGUUUUAAUGACUUGCAUAACAACUAAUUGACGAGACAAGAAAAUUAGGAGCGAGUUUGCGGGGAAGCAGCAAAAAGGGAACAAUUAUAUGUAUAAAAACACACGCGCACGUUAAUAACAUCGACUCUCGUUGCCCGAGUCGCACAAUUCCAUUCCACUUUUAUGAAGGUUAUUUUGUGAUUAUAAACCGAUCGUGUUAGUUUCAAACGCAGGAUUUUGUCUACUUAGUGGAUUCUCAGCAGAUAGUCAUCAGCAGUGUGUGUACUUACAGAGAGGAAGAUCGAUUUAAGAGAGGAAAAAUGGAAUUUAUAAGUGACAAGAAACGCUCACGGAGGAACAUAAAGUAUUCUUCAAAUUAAGGGAAAAAAGAGAUUAAAAAUGCAUAUUUUGUCAAUGUUACGAAAGAUUGAUUAAAAGAUGCGCUGUAUAUCGCCGUUUUCUUUGUGAGCAAUGCAUACUUAAAUUGUCUUGUAAUGUAGUGGGAUAAUUUUUUUAAAAAAAUAAAAAUUACUCUCAAUUACAA